AUGGACCCAGAAGCAACUGCUGUUUAUUUCGAUUAUUUCUAUGCUACAAGCCAAAAUCCUGAUAUUGAGGAGACCCACUCCCGUGUUGCUUACACAUCUGUCUUCCUUCCCAUCUUCUACGCAGUUGUGUUCCUGACGGGGGUGUUGGGGAACCUAGUCCUCAUGAGUGCAUUGCAUUUCAAACGGGGCAGCCGAAGACUGAUCGACAUCUUCAUCAUCAACCUGGCUGUGUCUGACUUCAUUUUCCUUGUCACGUUGCCUCUCUGGGUGGAUAAAGAAGCAUCUUUAGGACUGUGGAGGACAGGCUCUUUCCUGUGCAAAGGCAGCUCCUACAUGAUCUCAGUCAACAUGCACUGCAAUGUCUUCUUGCUCACCUGCAUGAGUGUUGACCGCUACCUGGCCAUCAUGCGCCCAGCCGUAUCCAGGAAAUUCAGGAGGAGAGACUGUGCAUAUGGAGUCUGUGCCAGUGUCUGGUUUAUCUCCUGCCUUUUGGGUUUGCCUACUCUUCUGUCCAGGGAGCUCACCCUGAUUGAUGAUAAGCCAUACUGUGCAGAGAGGAGCGCUACUCCAAUCAAACUGACUUGGGCCCUGGUGGCCUUAAUUUUUACCUUCUUUGUCCCUUUGGUGAGCAUUGUGACAUGCUAUUGUUGCAUCACAAGGAAGCUGUAUGCCCAUUACCAACAGUCGGGAAAACAUAGCAAAAAGCUGAGGAAAUCCAUAAAGAUCAUCUUUAUUGUCGUGGCAGCCUUUGUCUUCUCCUGGCUGCCCUUCAAUACUUUCAAGCUCCUGGCCAUUGUCUCUGGGUUGCAGCAGGAAGUCUACUUUUCCUCAUCUGUUAUCCAGCUAGGCAUGGAGUCACAGAUUUCUUGUAAUAUUCCUAUGGCAAGAAGAAAAGAUAAAUCCAGUGCCAAAGCUCCCACUAUAGACUGUGUGCCUAUGGGCUCUGCCACCCAAACUGGUAUGAGACACUGAGAUUUGAAUAAAAUUGCUGUUUUGUGGCACAGACUUGGGAAUGGAUUGUCCUAGAACAUAUAUAUUUUGGUGAUCAAGAGCAAGAUUAAGAGGUCUGAGUCCAUAUUUGAAUUCCAGGUCUUCCACUUACUUACCUUUAGGCCCUGUGCCCCAGUUUCUUUAUUUAAUUAUAGAGAAUGAUAUCUACUUUACUGAGUUGCUGUGGAAGGGAAAUUAGUCAAAACAUGGCGAAGCCCCUGGAACAGUGCCUGGCAUAGAACAUGUGCUCAAUAAACCUCAGCUGCUAUUUGUAGCAACCACAUCGGUAGCAGUAAAAGCAGCAGUCCUGGGGCUCCUUAGGUGAUCGUUAUAAAAUGGCAGAGUUUUAAAUGCAUUGGGACACUGUGUCAUUGUGCAAAUCCCCAGGUUUCUAAUUUUACAGAUAUGUAAAGCAAAUGUUUCCAUACAUUUGAAUAUGGCUAAGUGAAUCAAAGUGCCCCGGAGAGUCCUUCAAAUAAUACUACAAAGUUUGUAUCCUCUUGUGUUUAGAAAUACAAAACUUUUUUGAAAUGUCGAGCAUCAUUUUCACAGAGUUAGAAGAUUAUAUAAGUAGGAAUUACGUUUAUUGUUAUCACUGGGUAAUUUUUAGAGAAGAGAAAGGGCUUAAUCUGAAAGAAAAAGAACAUCCUUAGCAACUUCAGGUGAGAAUAAUGAUUGCAAUACCCAAAGUUGUGUACUGUAUAACCAAAUUUCUAAACAUGUACCAUCAUUCGGGUCCUGUGAUUUUUCAUCAGUCGCAGUUCUGCCCGAGGCCACCGUCCCCUGACUGAGCGGUGCCUCCCUUGCAUAUGAAACUGGGAAAGGCAGAGAGAAAACACCAAAAACACCAAGCCCAGCCAGCCCACACCUCAAGACCACUCAUUUUAGACACAUGGCUGUAUCUUAGCUUGCAGUAAACAGCACAACAAGCAAAGGUGCGCUCUGGGUAUUCCAGUGAAAAGUCCCAGUCAGAACAUUUGGUUCUGAGUAGAGGAGAAACUUUGAGCAAUUUCAUUCACAGUUUUGACAGACUGUAUUGUUACUAUUAUGACCUGUGCCUACCCGACCCUCAAUAAAAAUGAUGUGCUC